AUGUGUCGGUCGAUCACUAAAGAUCUUCACGAUCACAGCGUGCAGCUGAAUCGGUGGUUUCUAAAGCCAAUAGGCGCGUGGCCGCAUGAACCUACAACUUCAAGCAGUGAGAAAGCUGUAUCUCGAAUUUUGAUAUUUAUCUGCUACUUCUUGAUAGCCUUCACCGUAAUACCGUGCGCACUAAAUAUCUUUUUUGAGGAGAAAGAUACCGAACUGAAACUAAGAGCGGCCGGUCCGCUGAGCCAUUGGUUCAUGGGCGGAUUGAAUUAUUGCUCUUUAUUACUGCGCAGCGCUGACAUACGCCGAUGCAUGCAACACAUGGAAAUGGAUUGGCAGAUUACUAAGCAAUCGCGGGAUCGCGAAAUUAUGGCGAGAAAUGCGAAGCUGGGUCGAUUUGUAGCGGGUUUCUGUGCAAUAUGCAUGCACGGCGGCGUGUUUUCUUACAAUAUCGUGUCCGGUAUGACGACAGUGAUGGUGUCGAUCGGCGACAAUCAGAGCGUCCCGAUGCUCCAAUUACCUUGUGCCUUUUACAACAAAUUAAUAGAUACCAGAUUCAGUCCGGCAAAUGAGAUCGUUCUUGUAACGCAGAUGCUGUCGGGUUUCAUAGUGAACACCACCACCGUCAGUGCUUGCAGUUUAGCCGCUGUUUUCGCUAUACAUGCAUGUGGCCAGCUCGAUAUUUUGAUCUUACGUCUAAGCAAACUCAUCGAAGGUGAAGAUGCGGAAAAAAAUGAACCGGUUCAGAAGAGGCUGGCCAAUAUUGUGGAUCACCACUUACAUUUGUCAAAGUUUUUACUGAUUGUGUUAAGUUUUGAUUUUAGAUUUAUAGGAAGUAUCGAAGACGUUAUGCAUCAAAUAUGUCUGGUGGAAUUACUUGGAUGCACAUUUAACUUAUGUAUGCUUGGAUAUUACUCCAUUACGGCGCUCGAUAUAGAACGUAACUCCAGCCGGAGCACCGUCUGUCGCAGUCAGUGCAUCGUGCGUCUCCGCAAAAUGAUCAUGACAUAUUCCGAUCAUGUAACAAGGGGCAUCAAGUUCUCCUACAAAAGCGAUAAUGAUUACAGUCUUCAAUUGACUCGUUGGUUUCUAAUACCGAUCGGUGCUUGGCCGCAAAUGAGCACGGCGACAAAAGUGAAAAAACUCUUUUCGCACAUGCACAUUUUAAUUUGCACGUUUUUCAUAAUGAUCAUCAUGGUGCCAUGUUUAUUAUACGUGUUACUGGAGGAGAAAGAUAUCGAGAUGAAAUUGAACACCAUGGGUCCGCUGAGCCACUGGAUAAUGGGUAUAAUUAAUUACAGUUUACUCCUUAUGCGUAGUGACGAUAUUCGCCAGUGCGUGUUGCAUAUGGAAACGGACUGGCGGUUUGUUCGGAAAGUCGAGGAUCGUCAGAUAAUGAUACGACAGGCCAAGAUCGGCCGCUUCAUCGCCGGAUUCUGCGCGGUGUUCAUGCAGAGCGGUACAUUCCUCUUCGUUAUAGCCAAAUCGCUGUCCACCACCAUCCUUAUCGUGGGCAACGAAACUGUUUCGAUGCACCCAUUGACCUGCCCAAUAUACACCAAAUUUAUCGAUACGAGAUUCAGUCCCGCAAAUGAAAUCAUAGUGGGUGUAGAGUGGUUAUCGUGUUUUAUAGUGAAUUCGGUUGCGGUGGGUGCUUGCAGUCUCGACGCAGUCUUUGCAAUGCAUGCAUACGGUCAGUUGGACAUGCUCUUUUUGUGGUUAAACAAUCUCGUCGUGGAUAAAGAGGGAAACAAAUGCGCCGAGCAAAGGUUGGCUAUUAUUGUGGAACAUCACUUGAGAGUAUUGAGGUGCAUCGUUCGACGCGGUCAGUGCAUCGUGCGCCUCCGCGAAGCGAUCACGAUGUACUCCGAGCGUAUACUGACGAGCAUCAAAUUCACGUACAGAAGUAAUAACGAUUACAGUCUUCAACUUACCCGUUGGUUUCUGAUGCCAAUCGCAGCUUGGCCACGAGCGACCACAUCGACGACAGUGGAGAGACUGUCCCUACAAGCACACGUUCUCGCUUGCUCGUCCAUUAUAGCAGUCGUCAUGGUACCAUGCAUGUUAUACGUGUCACUGGAAGAAAAAGACGUUCAGAUGAAGUUGAACGCGAUGGGCCCGCUAAGCCACUGGAUCAUGGGCACGAUUAAUUAUUGGUUGCUUCUUACGCGUAGCAACGACAUCCGCGAAUGUGUGCAGCACAUGGAGAUGGACUGGAAGUUGGUUCGCAGAACCGACGAUCAGGAUGUGAUGUUGCGAUAUGCAAAGAUCGGCCGCUUCGUUGCCGGGUUCUGUGCGAUAUUUAUGCAGAGCGGAACGUUUCUCUUCACCGUGGCUAAGGCGAUUACAUCUAUGAAUGUAAUCAUCGGCAACGAAACUAUAUCGGUGCACCCGAUGACCUGUCCGAUAUAUAGCAAAUUUAUAGAUACAAGAUUCAGCCCUGCGAACGAGAUCAUGCUGGCUGUAGAAUUACUAUCGUGUUUUAUAGUGAACUCGAUCACGGUGGGUGCUUGCAGCCUCGCGGCAGUUUUUGCAAUGCAUGCUUAUGGCCAGUUAAGUAUGCUAUUUGCAUGGUUAAACGAUCUCGUCGAAGAGGAGAAUAAGGGAAACAGUUUUGCCGAAAAGAAGCUGGCUACGAUUGUGGAACAUCAUUUAAGAGUACUAAGUUUUAUAUCGCGAAUGGAGAGUAUCAUGCAAAACAUCUGUCUCGUGGAAUUGGUGGGAUGCACGAUGAAUAUGUGUUUACUUGCAUAUUAUUCUAUUACGAAUUGGAGUGACUUUGAUGCCGCAAGAAUAACAUCGUAUAUUAUCGUAUACGUAUCUAUGGCUUUCAAUAUCUUUAUAUUUUGUUACAUCGGUGAAAUUCUCACGGAACAGUGCAAAAAUGUUGGCGAAAAGGCAUAUAUGACUAAUUGGUAUGAAUUACCUCACAAAACUGCUCUUGGUCUCAUUUUGGUAAUAGCGCGUUCGAGUAAUGUUAUCAAGAUUACCGCUGGAAAAUUAUUUCAAUUGUCUAUCGCAACUUUUGGUGAUGUAAUUAAAACUUCUGUGAUAUAUUUGAAUAUAUUACGAACGAUGACUCCUACUACGUGA